AUGACUGAAAAGACGGUGUAUCAGUUUGGACAGGCGCCAUCCCAUUAUGCAGGCCCUACCGUUCACAACUCGGCUUUUGCACGUCGUCACCUCCCCAUUCGUAAGAAUGCUUGUUUGGUGUGUAGCGUGUGCUUUACAUGUGCUAGGAUGUAUGGAGCCAACUGUAUUUGUGAAGAAGUGCAGCCAAGACGGGGCAAGAAUUUGCCUGAAGGAAGUUUGGACUCUAGAGCCAAAAAGCUACAUCCUCAAGACAAGGAGGAUUUCGAGUUUUCUAUGAAAUGGCUUUCGGAACAUGCACAUCCUAUGUAUAGGGACAACGCUGGUAUCGUCGUGGGAUUACGUGAUCUUGCGGAGGUGUCACUUUGCAAGGCACAUAGCAGCACCCUUUAUCGUGCAAAAAAGCGGCAUGAACGUACAAAGUCCCAGCAAGCUCCACCUUCACCUGCCGACUCUAACAGCAUCGAUAUGAUGGUGGAUUCCAAUCAGGAUCAACAACAACAGCAACAACCUCCUCCUUUGGGUGGUGGAUUGGCUGCCAAAGUGCGUGAGAUCAGUAGUUAUCAACAUCAUCAACCUCAUCAUCAUCAACCCUCGUAUCGUUGGUCUUCGCCUGAUGUCAACAUGAUUCAGCCAUCAACGUCUUUUAAGCGCAAACGCACUCUUGAACCUCAUUCAAGUGCAUCUACUCCACUUUACGCCUCUUCUUCACCACCACCACCGCCACCACCUAUCUCAUCUUCUUCAUCUCGAUUUCCAUCCAACCAUCAACAAUUGCCUCCACUUUCCAGCACUACCAAUAACUAUAACAACAACCAUCGUACAACGACCCCAUCCUUGUCGUCUUCGUUGUUGAUGUCUUACCAAUCACCUCCACCCAUGAUACCCAUCUUCAAGCAAGAACAAGUUCUCGAGACUGUAUCGCUCAAAUCUCCUGAUUCACGCUAUUAUUUGAGGAACCUUGCUAUCACUGACACUUUUACUUUCCGUGAUUUACUCAAAGAGAUCGACAUGACUACUUCACCUCCGCCCGGCAAACGUAUCGUUGUUUCGGAUGAAAGAAAUGAAACCUUUUUCCCUCUUGAUCAAGCCAUUCGUAGUGUCAUUCGACGUCCUCUCUCUUCUCACAUGGAAUUGUGCCUUGGUUUGCGUGACAAGCCCUCCAUUGAUUGGAAUAACUAUGUCUAA